CACCGCACAGAGCGGCAGAGGAGAGAAGAGAGAGGGAAGCAGCAGAAAGAGAAGAGGACGUGGAGAGGAUGCAAUGAGCCUCCCACUAUAGUCGCAGUCCACCGGCGGACUGCAGGACUACAAACUGAAGGAUUCCAAAUUCUCACAUCCCUCCCUCUUUCUCCUCUCCUAUUCUUUUAGAGGCAGACUUAUAUUCAUCUUUUUUUUGCUGAGUUUUUAUCCAAGAGGACUUCCAUCUGUCGGGUGCACACUGAAGACACGGGUUCAGCACCAGGAGCUGUCCGGUGCUGAACUUGCUUUCGGAAGGAGCCAGCAGAGGAAUUUCCCCACAGUCUUCCAAAUCUCCAAGCAAAGGUCACGCUGGACAGGCUGGACCGCUGUGUUUGGGUGUGUGCGGACUUGUGUGUCUGAGCGUGUGUGUGUUUUGCACAACCAUGCCGAGGUCUUUCCUGGUGAAAAAGGUGAAACUGGAUGAUUUCUCCACCGGGUCUGAUUUGGAGCACGCAUACCGGCCCAGGACAGCGCUCAGUUUGCGGCUCCAUGACAAAGGUUACAUCAGCGACUACAUCAGCCCGUCUGUGUACGAUGGCGAGAGUGACGGCGGGAUCAAGGUGCCCUCCCCGGACCCCCUCUACGAUGGCAUCCACAGUGACUACGGUGCCCCGGAUUCGGAGUCCCCGGACAGCCCGGGCUCGGAACUCACCGACGGCUACAUCAACGGCGACGCCGCCGUCAGCGAAGGCUACACAGUGGACGCCUUCUUCAUCACAGACGGCCGCUCGAGGAGGAAAGCCAUGGGCAGCCCUCGCAGCAUCCAGAGGCAUACGUGCAACGAGUGCGGCAAGACCUACGCCACCUCGUCCAACUUGAGCCGGCACAAACAGACGCACCGCUCGCUGGACAGCAAGCUGGCCAAAAAAUGCCCCACCUGCGGCAAAGUGUACGUGUCCAUGCCCGCCAUGGCCAUGCACCUGCUCACGCACGACCUCAAACACAAGUGCGACGUGUGCGGCAAAGCGUUCAGCCGGCCGUGGCUCCUGCAGGGCCACAUGCGCUCCCAUACGGGCGAGAAGCCCUUCGGGUGUGCCCAGUGCGGGAAGGCCUUCGCAGACCGCUCGAACCUGCGCGCUCACAUGCAGACCCACUCCACCUUCAAACACUUCAAGUGCAAACGCUGCGACAAGACCUUCGCGCUCAAGAGUUACCUGAACAAGCACUACGAGUCGGCCUGCUUCAAAGGCCCCUUCUCCCCUCUCGGGCCACAUGAUGCAUGACCCCGCCCACUUCCCUCCCUCCCUUGCAAACACAAACUAAUCCACUCCUGCAAACUGUUUUUCUUCAGACCUCUCUCUCUCUCUCUCUCUCUCUCUCGCUCUUCCACGCUCACAUUGUGCACCUCGCUUUCCCCUGGAGCCAAUUAACGCUGAUGAAGAUAGCACAAUUUUUCCCACCUUGACAUCAAGGACUGGACUGUUUUACGCAUGCACUUCCAGACAAAAACAAACUGUUCACCUCUUCUUUCUGCUCUGUACAGAGGCAAUAGUAAUACCACUGAUAGGAAUAUAGCUUCUAUCUAUACAUGGAUUAUGAUGAUGAGGAUGACACGGAGCUAACGGCUGGCUUCCUCUCUGCACUAUGACGCUUACAACCACUUUUUUUUGGAGGAAUAAUAGUAAUAAUUAUAGUAAUGAUGAUAAUAAUGCACCAAGUGACCAUAUUCUCUCCACUACUGAGGAAAAACAUAUUUAUUAUUAUUUAUUUAUCUAUUUAUUUAUUAUGAAUGUGUUUUUUAUUUUGUAUUUGUGUAUUUUUUUAUUCACAACAGGCCAAAGCAUAUGCCACUUUUUUGUGCUAUUUUUUCUGUUGUUUUUUUUCUCCACAAAUUGCAUGCAAAAACACACAAAAAAACUAUGCCAACAUAUUAGAGGUUUUUUUUUUUUUUCUUUGCCAAAAUUCUACACAUAGAACCGAGGGGCAAUAUUUUUCUCUUGGCGCCUCUGUAGGACUUUUUUCGAAGCAAUAAUCACACUAAUGCAUGGUAUUUUACGAAGUAUUACCUACUACUGUAUAGCAGUUUGAAAAAUCAGGUAUGUUUUACUUCACCUAUAGUCAAUGAAACAGAAAAAGGCAAAUAUUACAGACAUCAGGGAUAAUGCCAAUGUAGUGUUAGCGAAAGAAAAAAAAAAAAGAAAAGAAAAACGUAUUUUCCUCUGGUGUUAUGCACUGCCUGCCUCUUAGUGAGUAGAACUAAUGUAGGGUUUUAGGGAAGAGAGCUGGGAUCGGCCGCAUAAAAAACACAAUCCUAAAUAUAAAAGUAAAAAAAAAAAAAGAAAUAAAAAAAACACCCCUGCGGUGAUCUGCAGGUGCAUGAAUCUGAAGUGAAGGUUCAGCAAGUUGGAUGUUGCACUGUGGUCAAGUUGAAAUGCAAUGCAUUAUUCAACCGCACUUCCUUUUAAACCAUAAAGCGUGCAUUCUUAGACCGCGGAGAAAAAGCCUGCACUUAUAUAGCUGGAUGGUCUUGCACCUUCACGGUCACACUUCUUUAACAUCAGUCAGAGCCAUACAUUCCCAGUGAUUCAGUAGAUGAUGCUAUAGAGAACAAUGCACAUGGCUGACUGCAGUGCGGCUGAGGCCAGCUCUCUAACCCCCACCAAAAAAACAACAACAUCCAAUGCAGAUUCCUGGAGCUUCCCUGGAGAAACACGGAGAACAUACGCACGAAAAAAAAAAAAAAAGAUUGCCGUUACGUAAGCUUGCAUAGCCACACACUCCGAGAACAUCUGUCCGAUUAAACGCCUCACAUCCCUUUUCCAACAAUUGGAGAAUAAUAGGUUUGAUAUGAACAAGAGAUUCUCUCACAAAGAACAUGUGAUAAUUGCAGCACUUCCUCAGGCGUGUUUAACCUUUAUUUCAUCCGAGAUGAAGAGUUUAGGAUUCAAUUGGUGAUUCAGCUUUCUUUCAGAACGUUUUUUUAGGGGUUCUAAGGACAAAAGCAAUGAUGGCCUACUUUCACCUUCAUCUCAGACAUAAAGUAACACAAACACAUCUGAGAAGGUUGUGAAGAGUGUCCGCCCUGAGAUCGGUAGGUUGUGAGUUCAAACCCCGGCCGAGUCAUACCAAAGACUAUAAAAAUGGGACCCAUUACCUCCCUGCUUGGCACUCAGCAUCAAGGGUUGGAAUUGGGGGUUAAAUCACCAAAAUGAUUCCCGGGCGCGGCCACCACUGCUGCUCACUGCUCCCCUCACCUCCCAGGGGGUGAUCAAGGGUGAUGGGUCAAAUGCAGAGAAUAAUCUCGCCACACCUAGUGUGUGUGUGACAAUCAUUGGUACUUUAACUUUUAACUUUAAGGCGGCAGUUUUGUACGGAUGUGUUAUGUUGCCCAUCUGAUCUUGAGCCUUUGAAAAAUGAGCCUCAAAUGCACUGCAAAUUUUUUAUCCAGGACUUUAAAAAAUAUUAAAUAUGUAUAUACAAACCCCGUUUCCAUAUGAGUUGGGGAAUUGUGUUAGAUGUAAAUAUAAAUGGAAUACAAUGAUUUGCAAAUCAUUUUCAACCCAAAUUCAGUUGAAUAUGCUACAAAGACAACAUAUUUGAUGUUCAAACUGAUAAUUUUUUUUUUUUGCAAAUAAUCAUUAACUUUAGAAUUUGAUGCCAGCAACACGUGACAAAGAAGUUGGGAAAGGUGGCAAUAAAUACUGAUUAAGUUGAGGAAUGCUCAUCAAACACUUAUUUGGAACAUCCCACAGGUGAACUGGCUAAUUGGGAACAGGUGGGUGCCAUGAUUGGGUAUAAAAGUAGAUUCCAUGAAAUGCUCAGUCAUUCACAAACAAGGAUGGGGCGAGGGUCACCAUUUUGUCAACAAAUGCGUGAACAAAUUGUUGAACGGUUUAUGAAAAACCUUUCUCAACCAGCUAUUGCAAGGAAUUUAGGGAUUUCACUAUCUACGGUCCGUAAUAUCAUCAAAGGGUUCAGAGAAUCUGGAGAAAUCACUGCACGUAAGCAGCUAAGCCCGUGACCUUCGAUCCUUCAGGCUGUACUGCAUCAACAAGCGACAUCAGUGUGUAAAGGAUAUCACCACAUGGGCUCAGGAACACUUCAGAAACCCACUGUCAGUAACUACAGUUGAUCGCUACAUCUGUAAGUGCAAGUUAAAACUCUCCUAUGCAAGGCGAAAACCGUUUAUCAACAACACCCAGAAACGCCGUCGGCUUCGCUGGGCCUGAGCUCAUCUAAGAUGGACUGAUACAAAGUGGAAAAGUGUUCUGUGGUCUGACGAGUCCACAUUUCAAAUUGUUUUUGGAAACUGUGGACGUCGUGUCCUCCGGACCAAAGAGGAAAAGAUUCAUCCGGAUUGUUAUAGGCGCAAAGUUGAAAAGCCAGCAUCUGUGAUUGUAUGGGGGUGUAUUAGUGCCCAAGACAUGGGUAACUUACACAUCUGUGAAGGCGCCAUUAAUGCUGAAAGGUACAUACAGGUUUUGGAGCAACAAAUGUUGCCAUCCAAGCGAUGUUACCAUGGGCGCCCCUGCUUAUUUCAGCAGGACAAUGCCAAGCCACGUGUUACAUCAACGUGGCUUCAUAGUAAACGAGUGCGGGUACUAGACUGGUCCGCCUCUAGUCCAUACCUGUCUCCCAUUGAAAAUGUGUGGCGCAUUAUGAAGCCUAAAAUACCACAACGGAGACCCCCGGACUGUUGAACAACUUAAGCUGUACAUCAACCAAGAAUAGGAAAUAAUUCCACCUGAGAAGCUUAAAAACGUUUAUGAGUUUGAACAUCAAAUAUCUUGUCUUUGUAGUGCAUUCAACUGAAUAUGGGUUGAAAAGGAUUUGCAAAUCAUUGUAUUCCGUUUAUAUUUACAUCUAACACAAUUUCCCAACUCAUAUGGAAACGGGGUAAGUAUAUACAGUCGCGAUCAAUAGUUUACAUACACUUGUAAAGGAGAUAAUGUCAUGGCUGUUUUCAGUUUGUAAUAAUUUCUACAGCUCUUAUUUUUUGUGAUACAGAGUGAUUGGAGCACAUACUUCUUUCUUUUUGGGGACGGCGUGGUGAAGUUGGGAGAGUGGCCGUGCCAGCAAUCUGAGGGUUACUGGUUCAAUCCCCACCUUCUCUCAUUCUAGUCACGUCCGUUAUGUCCUUAAGCAAGACACUUCACCCUUGCUCCUGAUAGGUCCUGGUUAGCGCCUUGCAUGGCAGCUCCCGCCAUCAGUGUGUGAAUGUGUGUGUGUGAAUGGGUGAAUGUGGAAAUAGAGUCAAAGCGCUUUGAGUUCCUUAAAAUAGUAGAAAAGCGCUACACAAGUAUAACCAUUUGACAUUUUUAUCACAAAAAACAUUUAUGAAGUUUUUUUUUAUUAAUGAAUUUAUUAUGGAAAAUGUUACCAAAUCUGCUGGGUCAAAAGUAUACAUACAGCAAUGUUAAUAUUUGGUUAAAUGUCCCUUGGCAAGUUUCACUGCAAUAAGGCACUUGUUGUAGCCAUCCACAAGCUUCUGGUUGAAUUUUUGACCACUCCUCUUGACAAAAUUGGUGCAGUUCAGCUUAAUGUGUUGGUUUUCUGACAUGGACUUGUUUCUUCAGCAUUGUCCACACGUUUAAGUCAGGACUUUGGGAAGACCAUUCUAAAACCUUAAUUCUAGCCUGAUUUAGCCAUUCCUUUACCACUUUUGACUUGUGUUUGGGGGUCAUUGUCCUGUUGGAACACCCAACUGCGCCCAAGAUCCAACCUCCGGGCUGAUGAUUUUAGGUUGUCCUGAAGAAUUUGGAGGUAAUCCUCCUUUUUCAUUGUCCCAUUUCCUCUCUGUAAAGCACCAGUUCCAUUGGCAGCAAAACAGGCCUAGAGCAUAAUACUACCACCACCAUGCUUGAUGGUAGAUAUGGUGUUCCUGGGAUUAAAGGCCUCACCUUUUCUCCUCCAAACAUUUUUGCUGGGUAUUGUGGCCAAACAGCUACAUUUUUGUUUCAUCUGACAUCACAUGGACAAAGAUAAGACCUUCUGGAGGAAAGUUCUGUGAUAUGAUGAAACAAAAAAUAAAAACACUUUUAAUCAAUUAACUUUCAUGUUGAAGCUGCAAUUUUACAUGCGUUGGAUUCAAACACCUGCACACACCAGUGCUCUCCAGGCAAGCUCCACAUCUUUCGCUCUCUAAGCACUUCCAUUCUAAUCAUCGCCACCCUAAAAAGAAAGUAGCACAAUGAAACAAACUAGUAAUUCAGGUAGAGAAGUAAAAUUGAAAACUUGUACUCGCUUAACCUCUCUUCAUUUUUUCCCCCUUUUUUUUGUAUUUCCAAGCUGAAGGGCAACUAAAAUAAUCAUUUAUUGGAUGAGGGUUUGUUAAAAAAAGAAAAAAAAAAAAAAAAAAAAAAGAAUGAUAAUAAAAAAGGAUUGAGGCGUUUUUACUGCUGUACAGUGAUAUCCGACACACUUUAUCUCAGGAGAUCUAGAAGGAUCUCCUGGGUCUUUUGAGCCAGUAUUUAGACAAUGUAAGCACAAUGAACACAAAGCAUUUUGUGGCACUUCAUAAUAAAGAACUAUCUUAACCAA